UCUAGGCUUCAAAGGAUGCCGUAUUGCUUUGAGCUGUAAAUUCAAAAGGCUUUAGCCUUUCAGGUAGUACCUGCAUUUGCCGCAAUCUUAAUUGAACUUCUAUUUGUCUCUCCAUUCAAUCUUUUGUUAUUUUAAUGGCUGGACUCAUUAAAAAUCAAAUCCUGAAGCAUUUAUCAAAAUUUGCCAAGAACUUGAAUGCAGAAAGCAUCAAUGUGAGCACCUUGAAGGGAGAGGGAGACCUCAAGAACCUGGAGCUCAAUGAACAGGUCCUGACCGACCUAUUGGAGCUGCCCACAUGGCUGCGCCUCACACGCGCCUCUGUCAACAGAGUGUCUGUCAAAAUACAGUGGACCAAACUCAAGAGUGUGCCCAUACACUUGAGCCUGGAUGAGGUCGUGGUGGCGGUGGAGACAUGUGAAGAGCUAAGACCACACACCACAGGCCUGGCUCCCCCCAGCCACACCAGCGGGGGGCACUAUGGCUUCUCGGAGAAAGUUGUGGACGGUCUCACUGUCACCGUCAACUCUGUGCGUGUCACCUUCAAGAGCGCUGUUUUUAGUGCUCUUUUCCAGUUAUCCUGGCAAAGUCUACGCGUGGAGGCGACCAGUAACGAGGCAGGCCAGGGGAGCCACCUGGCACCACUACGGCUGCUCACCAACGCCUGUCACUGUCGCCUCACCAUCAAGAAGAAGCUCGCUGACUUCUACAGCCAGCAGCAGACGAGCUCAGCUAGCAGCUUCAGCCAGCAGCAGCAGCAGCCUGGUAGGGCGGCGGGGCCAAGUGUCUUCCACAAGUUUGACGUCAUCGAGACCUCCUACCACCUCGUGUGUGAACGCAUCGACCUGUAUCUCUGUGACGACCCUGGCAGUGGUCGUUCCAGUCACCCGCAGCUGGCGAGCGGCGCGUCGCUGCAAUUUGCCAUCAACCAUCUGCGCGUGGACUACUACCCCUACCACCUGGCUGCUGGUGGCCGCUGCCACUGGGUCAGGUACAACGACUGCGGGCCCCAGCAGCUGGCGGCGGGGGCGCUGGCCCACUUCAGGGCGCUGCUCGUGGACGCCCUCAGCGGGUCACGGGGCCCGCACGCCCCCCUCGCCCGGGCCCCGCCCCUGGCAACCCCCUUACAGGACCCUGGUGCUCAGGCGGCGGUGGGGGCGGCCAGUGGCCAUGUGCGGGCGCUGGUGGCCACGCAGCUGCGCAAGCUUAUGUCCUCCGUGUGCGUGGUGUCCAUCAAAGACUUCGUCCUCUACAGAGUGACCACCAGCACGCGCCGCCUGCCGCCUAAACAGUUCAUUUCCAGCGACAAGGAGCGCCUGUGUCUCCCCACGACCACGUCCUGCGUGCACCUCGAGUUCAGCAGCUACUACUUCCCUGGUGAUGGUGACUUCCCUGGUGAGUUCAGCAGCUACUACUUCCCUGGUGAUGGUGACUUCCCUGGUGAGUUGAGCAGCUACUACUUCCCUGGUGAUGGUGAUUUCCCUGUGCCGCCCCCACACAAGACACCCCAACAACUCUUCACCCCACACAAGACACCCCAACAACUCUUCACCCCCACAGUCCCGCCCCCACACAAGAUACCCCAUCAACCCUUCACCCCACAGUGCCACCCCCACACAAGACACCCCAACAACUCUUCACCCCACAGUCCCACCCCCACACAAGACACCCCAACAACUCUUCACCCUACACAAGACACACAACAACUUUUUACCCCACACAAGACACCCCAACAACUCUUCACCCCACACAAGACACCCCAACAACUCUUCACCCCACACAAGACACACAACAACUUUUUACCCCACACAAGACACCCCAACAACUCUUCACCCCACACAAGACACCCCAACAACUCUUCACCCCACACAAGACACACAACAACUUUUUACCCCACACAAGACACCCCAACAACUCUUCACCCCACAGUGGUGCUGGAGGCGAGCACCGAGCCAGUCACGGGCCACCAGAAGGACAGGCCGCGAGGGCUGCAGGUGCAGGCGUCGCGUGUCACCCUCAGCAACUGCCGGCCUCCGGACCCCUCAGCGCCAGGCUCCCUCGCUGCCCUCGGUGCCACCCUCGAGGCUGCACAGACCACGGGGCAGCUCUUCUUUGCCUCAGAUUUCCCUGCUCGCGCGGACGACUUCCUUCCUGUGGCCUGUAAAUUCGUGCGGCACGCAAUGGGAGAGGACAACAUCAGGCCAGCACCGCGCUGUGCCUCCGACGCUGCUGUGUACGAGGCCGUGAGCCGCUUGAGUCGUGAGAGCCUCUGGACUGAGGCGCGGGACUUGCUCUUCCUGCACUGCGACCCGCUGUGGGUCGAGUUCACCGGCACGCCUUCCUUCAGGCAGCGGCCGCUCCCCUUCGUGGAUGCCUUCCCGCUCUCGGUCUGGAUCCACCUCAAAAUGCCAGGGAUCAAAGAUGGAGUUCCUAUUAAGCCGGGCGUUGUGGAUGAGUAUAGCCCAGUUAACGGAGAGCCUCGGCCUAUAAAUUCAGGUCUUCUCCCUGCGACGGAUACAUCAGUUCCUGCGAGCGUCAGGAACGCGAGCGCUCAAGUGAAGCGUGAGAAAAGUGUGGGCAGAAAGGAAGCAGCGUGCAAUGUUUUGGUCCAUUGCCACAGCCUGAUCAGCUGCCAGCUCAACCACUUCCAGCUGCUGUUUCUCAUGCGGCAGCUGGACAUGCUUACCGAGCUCUCCGCCUUCCUCACGAGCGACACCCGCGUCAUCUAUGACGGUGCGGCAGCAGACAGGCCCUGGGUGCGUGAGAUCGAGGACAGCCUCGUAGUGUCAGCCAUCGUACCGCAGCUAGACUUGACAUUCGUCAUCCCGCCCCUGCAUCCCGCCAAAGACUCCAUGCAUGACAUGGAGGGCUUCGUGCCCGACUCGAGCUCUACGGUGGGCGAAGAGCUGGACUCUCUGAAGGAGAUGCGCGGCUCGGCGUCAGAUCACAGUUUGAGUGCAAAGGCGGCCGCCGCGUUAGAGACCCGCGAUGGCACUGAGACAGAGCUCCCCAAAUCUCAAAGUGACGGUCACCUCUCAGGCGCAAAGACCAUCUCCACGACCCAGGCUAUGGUCAAGGAGCCAGUUGCUUCAGGUUACUCUCAGUUGCCUCAAGUAAACCUCAUCUCUCCUUCUACUCCGUCCGCUGCGCCAUCCAGUUUGAAUGCCAAUCACGGCGCUGCUUCCAACUCCAUCCAAGACAACCUCAACAUCAUCAGCUUUACGUCCAUGAAGAAAGGAUUCUCCAGCCUCAUGACCUCCCUUGAGACAACCGUCAAAACCAGUCCUGAUGACAUCAGUGACACAAUUUCCAUACAGAGUGAUAUCAGUUCUGACAGUGAGAACUUCGUGCUACUGAACCUUGAGAACAAUCACUUGGCAGGAGCAGAACGUUCCGACUCUGGCUUGGGUGUGGAGGCGGCCUUCAGAGGCCUCGACCGCACCUCAGCUGACAGCGCCCCUGUCGAAGUGGCCACUGAAGCCUUCGAGGAGACGACGCCCAGUGAAGACUUGUCUGAGAUCACCAGCACCUUCAGGAGGAAAGGCAACGUGGCGCUGGUGAAUGUUCAGCUCUCGGGACUUCAGUUCAUCCAAGAGGCCGAGGGCUUCGACUCAGUCAUCAAAAUAGAAGCUCAGCGCCUGCAUGUGAUGGACUGUAACGCAGUUCCCUAUGAGGAGUUCCAGAGCAAGUUCAGUAGCCGGUCCAAGGGCUGGCACGACUGUUUCCCAUCAGACCAGAACUGCACCUUCAGAAUCAGGCUGGACACCCGCGCUGCGACACCAUCUCAAGAACCUCCUGACGGUGACCACCACACUGCCGCGCCGGACGUGCCUCCUCCUGCUCAGUGUGCCGCCAACAACAGCGCAGCCUCUAAAGCAUUGCCCAGACCGAGCAUCGGUCCUUUUUCUUUCGCUCACUCCAACCUGAAGAAGUCACUGGACCAGUUCGACGAGACAGACGCACUAAACCUAUGGAAAAAAUGCACGUCGUAUUCCCCCAAGUUGGCGCACAUGUUCCCUAAGUGGACGCGCCGGAGCUGUGAUGGGCCUGCCGCCCAGGCCCCCCAGGAGGACGGGCUCAAACGAGGUCCCAGUGACGUGCAUCCUAGCGAACCCCGACCAACCUCAGGCCCUCAAGUCGACCCCCCGCCUGCUACGGCCACGCCAGACAAAAGGCGGUGUUGCAGGUACAGCGUGCCGGAGCUGCCGGUGCAGGUGGUGCAGGAGCUGCACGCGGUGGUGGGGGAUGUGUCCCUGGACCUCCUGCUGUCGUCGCUCUCAGGACUCGCUGACCUCCUGCAGGACGAACUCCCGCCCGAGCCUCUUGCCUGCUCGGUGGAGGUGUUCAACACAUCUUUGGUGGUGCGGGAGGACGUGACGGGGGCGCUGCCGGGGACGCCUGAGGGCGUCAAGCGGCUGCUGGUGCCGGCGCUGCUCCUGCAGCGCGACGCUGCGGGAACCUUCGUCGUCCUGCCUGGCCGGGCAGCUACAACUGCAGCGAGCCACGGCAUCUCAGACGCUCCAGCAGGCGCCCCUAGCGCCCCAGCAGACGCCCGUGGCGCCCCAGCAGAGGCUAGUGACGCCCCCGGUCUGGCGAAGGAGGUGACAAGAUUACGCGAGGCUCUGGAAUUGAGCAACGCGCAGCUACGCGCCACCGUUGACGAGAACCUAAGCCUGCGGGAGGCCCUGAGAGUGCUGAGGCUGGACUGCGACGCUCUGCUCAGACAACAGAAAACUCCGCUCAUGAGCGCCUGUGGGGGUGGGCGUGAUGGAUAGCUAAUUAAUUACGAUGUAUAGCUUCGUGGUGUUGUCAUUUGCAAGCUACAUCGGAGCUGCGCUAGAGACGCCUGCGUCACUGAUGAUGUCACUGAUGCUGUCACUGAUGCUGUCACUGAUGCUGUCACUGCGCCGUCUGCACUUAUCCUAUGGAUGAGGGGCCAUACUGUCAAAACUAGCUCCUCUACAUGUAGUGGCCGAUUUCUCGUCUGUGAUUGCAUUGUUUAGGUUGGAAAUUUAUCAGUGAUUGGCUGAGAGAGUUACGAAAUGGUAAAUAUUUUUGAUAGUUUGGGCCCAGGUCUUAACUUCACCCCAGGUGAAGUUAAGGUCUUAACUUCACAGCGUCACUUAACUUCACACAGGUCUUAACUUCACAGCGUCACUCUUGACUUAGCAUACGGCAGGAGGUAUGAGAUCCUGUACCUGCGAUACCUUGUACGUACAAGAUCCUGUACCUGCGAUACCUUGUACGUACAAGAUGCUGUACCUGCGAUACGUCUGAGACGCGAGUGUUCAGUGAUGAUAUCGCAUAAUUUGUGAAUAUCUAUCGCAAAUUUUUAUGUAUGAAGAUGAAAUUGGUGUUUUCUUUCCAUUUAAUCUUAAUUCAUUUAUAUUUCAUAUGUAAUUAUUACCCAAUUACCCAUGUCCAUGUCUUUUUCGUGUGAUAUAAUGUGAUCAAUUGCCAAAUUAGCGGUGGCGACAAGCAAGCUUGUAGCAUAGUUUUUGCAUACUAUUUUGAAUAGCAUCAAUUAUUAAUCCAGUAUGAAGGUACAAACUAUUGCGGAUAUGUUCAAAUGAUUGCUACCGUGUUUGGUAUCCUCAAUAUUUCAAUAAUGGAUUUAAAUGCUCUUAUAUAAAAAAAUAAGAGCAUCUUGAGUGGCAUUAGCUGCUGUGCUGGCCUGCUAGCGGCCGAACA